CCACUGCCUACUGCCCACUACCAACACCAACGCGCGACCUACUGGCUCUGCUGCUGCUACUGCUGCCCAGCGGCUUUCGGUUGACAAUGACCGGAGUCAUGGGUCCAACUACGUACUGCUGCUGCUACUGCUCUGCUCCGUAGUGCCCGGAGACGAGCACUGGUGGGUCCUUCGCGUCGUCAUUCCAGGGCGAAACAACACCGGCAUCGAUACCACACCACCGUCUGCAAACUCGACGGGGACACCGCGCGCAGGGCUGAACGGGCCCAUCAUCACCUGCAUGCUUCCGUCGACGUCGACUUCGACCCCAUGGCGGUGUGCGCACCUAUGGCGAACACAUCCCUCCUCGCCUGGUUCUACCUGCUCCCGUCUAAAGUGACCGACCGCUGGACCAGCCCGCUGGACAGCCUGCUGGGUACAAGGUGCACACGAGGCAGUCCUGACCAGACAGGCGUACCGCUGGAGCAGGAUUCCCUACCCUACUCCUCCCGGUCGAAUACAACAUAUAUGUUCCCAUAUCGACUGCUACUUGCUCGUUUCAUUCAUCGCAUCCCCCAUUUUUUGCGCUGAUAAGCACAUACUAUUGUUACCGCCCUUGGGUCAUUGCCCUCUACUGCCGCGAAAGCGCGCCCUAUUAUCAACACCAUAUGGCUGACCAUGAGGGACUGCCCCCAGCGGCAGAGGAAGAGGAGGAGGAACAGCACCAUGGACGGGCAAAGAGGCGAUUCGACUGGAAGACGAUGCUGAACAGCCAAGAGAAGAAGAAGAAGCAAAACCUUUCCCGCCGCAGCAGCGAUCUGUCGAGCUCGACCACGCCUCCCACAGCCCUCAAGUGGAACAUGGGCAUGCUCAACACCGACACCGAGGACGUGCCUGGCUCCGUCCUCUUGCUGAGCAAGGUCUCCGUCUUCAACGAGCCCUUGGGUACGCGCAAUGCGCCGCGACCAACUUCCACCUCCUCUUUUCCGCAGACACCGGCAGGUCGCCCCUCGUCGGGCUCCUCGGGACGCAGCGCGCGAGCUCCACCGGAGAAGAAGAAGUCGCCCGACGGCAAGUUUGUGCUCGAGCCGCAGCCCGACGACAGUCUCAACGAUCCCCUGAAUUGGCCCACCUGGAGAAGAGAUGCCGCCCUACUCUCUCUGGGCUUCUACUGCAUGCUGGGAGGAGGCAUGACCCCCAUCUUGGCCGCUGGCUUCAACAACGUGGCCCAGGACUUUGGUACUUCGGAGCCACGCGUCGCCCUGACCACCGGACUGUUUAUGAUGGGCCUGGGCUUGGGCAGCGUCGUCCUUAGUCCGACUGCCAUCUUGUACGGCAAGAGACCGGUCUACUUGUUCGCAGCCAUCUGCUUUGUGCUCACGUCCGUGUGGUGUGCUCUCUCGCCCAACUUUCCAAGCCUGGUGUGCGCUCGUAUCUUCCAAGGCUUCGCUGUCAGCUCCGUCGAAUGUCUUCCAUCGGCAACAGUGGCGGAGAUCUACUUCUUGCACGAGAAAGCCUACCGACUCGGAAUCUACACCCUCCUCCUGUUGAGUGGUAAGAACCUCGUUCCAUUGGUGAGCGCAGCCAUCAUACAAAGCCUCAGCUGGAGGUGGGUCUUUUGGAUCGUCGCCAUGAUCGUGGGCUUCGCGUUUUGUCUGCUGCUGGUCUUUGUGCCCGAGACAUUUUGGGAUCGCACGCCCGUACCCAACAAGCAGAGGCAUCGGCGCCAGCACCGUCUUCCGUCACAUAUCCCUCGAUCUCCGACUCCCCCACGAAAGGGGAGAUCGCACAACGACAGCGCUCCGGAUGAAGCCCACGAGGACGUGCAUCCCCCCAGAGCAGGAGAGAGACAUGCGCACUUUGCAAUCGACCCCACCCCCAAUGAGAAUGAGCACCAGAAUGAAAAUCAGAACGAGAAACAGAAUGAUGAAGAGGAGAGGAAAAAGGAUGAGCAGCAUAGGGAGACUCCCUCGGAAGCCACCCCAACGCAGCGUGGUUCACGAACCGGCUCUCCCGCCACCGAAGUCCGCUUCGAUGCCCCCUAUGCCUCAUCCAUCGAUGUCGAGGCUCAAGCCCCACUGGUCACGCCCCUCAAUCUGGAAGGUCAACCUCCACUGGAAUACACCACCUCCGAAGAAGUGGACCCUCGCAACGACUACACCAAGCACCAUUCUACCGCACCUCCCAAGACAUGGCGCCAACAGCUCCGCCCCUAUUCCGGCCGCCUCUCUAAAUCAUCGUGGAUCCGUGUCAUGGUACGCCCCUUCUUGCUCUUCCUCUACCCGGCAAUCCUCUGGGCCGCACUCGUCUACUCCCUCUCCAUCGGCUGGCUCAUCGUCCUCUCCGAAUCCGUCACUGCCAUCUACAAAUCACGUGACACGUACAACUUCACCUCCUUCCAAGCCGGUCUCAUCUACAUUUCCCCCUUCAUCGGCGGAGUCCUGGGAACAGCCGUUGCCGGCAAACUCUCCGACGUCAUCGUGAGAUGGAUGGCUCGCAAGAACGGAGGCGUCUACGAACCGGAAUUCCGCCUCGUCAUGGCCAUUCCCAUGACCAUCACCACCGUCAUGGGACUCAUGGGCUACGGCUGGAGUGUCGCAGAAAAGGAUGCCUGGAUCGUCCCGACCAUCUUCUUUGGCUUCAUAUCGUUUGGCUGUUCCCUCGGCUCGACGACAGGCAUCACGUUUGCUGUGGAUAGUUAUCGACAGUAUGCGGGAGAGGCGCUGGUGACGCUCAACUUCAGCAAGAACAUUUUCCACGGACUGGUGUUUAGCUUGUUCUUCAAUGACUGGUUGAAGCGAAACGGUAGCAAGGAAGUCUUUAUCGCCAUUGGCCUGAUCCACCUGGCGUUGAUGAUGACCACGGUGCCCAUGUACAUUUACGGUAAGAAGGCGCGACUGUGGACUGUUCAGAAGAAUUUUAUGGAAAAGUUUUGAUUAUAGAAUCAAGGCAUGAUGAUGAAUAAUGAAUGUAUAUGAUGACUUGAUUACAC